CGUCUGUGACCCAAUCCAAGCCUACAAGACACCAUGGAUUGCCUUUUUGACUUAAUAAUGCCUUGGAUUCUUGCAGUAAGAACGAACCCAUCUUACUGUUAUGAACUUCAAACUUGCUAUCAUUCGUACUUAUCCAAUCUUUCGGUUCUUUACUACUUUUGGAGAGGUGAGGUUAGUACAUACUCAAGUAUGUGCAACUAGUUGCGGUUGACUUUUAAACUUGCAAGGGCUAAGAACAAAAAUGCUUGCCUGGCAUCAAAGCUGAAGAGUUGACCUGUAACAAACAGAAGGAAGAGAUGUAAUUAUUGUUUUCUUUAUUUGACACUAGCUAAUUCAACAUUAAUUGAAGAAGAAAUGGCUCAUCUCUAGCACUUUGUAUUUUCCACUGGGGCAGCGAGAUAUAAAUGAGUUACAGAACUAAGAAAUGCUGUAUUUCAGUGGGCCAAGUUUCAUUAUAUUUUUAGUUCUAAUGUUGUCAAUUAGCAUAUGCCGUGCUGAUAGCAAUGUGAAUUCUGGUUGGCAAUGUUCAGAAGCUGAUAAUUUUACGUCUGAAAGCUCAUUCAGGAUCAAUCUUGACAACCUUCUGAGUUUACUAACUGAAAAAGGGCCUCUGCACAACGGCUACUUUAAAACCACUGUGGGAAGGAGCUCAGGGAAGAUUUAUGGUCUUAUACAAUGCAGAGAGGAUGUCUCUACAGAAAAUUGUGCUAAUUGUACAAGGGAAUCUAUUGCAGUAGCCCUGCAUGAUUGCUCGAAGAGCAGAAAGGUUCAGGUCUGGUUCACAUGGUGCUUUCUUCGCUAUUCAAAUGAGCAUUUCUUUGGUGUUUGGGAUCAAUCUUCGAUGGCAAGAGUCAAUGACACCAAUUUUGACGAUGCAUCUGUGGUCUCCAAAGGACUCAUCUUCAUGAGUGAAGUUGCAACAACAGCACCAAAGCAGCCUUUGAUGUUUCACACUGCAGUGUUGGAUGCAGGCCAAUUUGGGAAGAGGUAUGGCAUGGCUCAGUGUACUAGGGAUAUUAGUAGAACUGACUGUAGCAAGUGCUUGGAUAGUCAGCUAGUGACAUUUAGAACCACAAUUGGGAAUAAGAGAGGAUGGGAGGUUUACGGGUCCAGUUGUAGCAUGUGGUACCAUGAUUACCAGUUCUAUUUCAACAUUUCCAUUCCUAAAAAUGAUGGUGCUAGGAGAUUGUCCUUGCAUGGAGUUGCAACUGGCAUGACAAUGGCAGUCCUAAUGCUUUUCUUUGUGCCAUAAUCAUUCAUUGGCUAUUCAAGUAUGUUAUUUAGAAGGUCGAAAAAGGGAUCUGCGGCCAACAAAUUUUUUCUUAUGUAGUAAUUUCAAUCUAUGCAGAAAAGUUCACUAACACCAGCUGUACAUAAUGGCAAGCCAACUUUCCUGAAUCAGGCAAUUUCUUUUGUUAUUGAAAUUUUUUGUGCUUUUAAUCCUUUUCCUUGGCACUGGUUCUUGAUUUUUGAGCUAUUCCUGAUUAAUAUUUCAGUAGAAAGUCUCUUCAUCUUUCUCACAGAUAGAUAUGGGAAGCCUGAGCUUUGCAAAAGCAAGUGAGGCCCUGGUCAAAGUGAAAUUUGAUAGACAAUAGCUUUCCUGCUGCAGAAUGAGGAGUUGGUAUUGCAGAAUAAAGAAGAAAUGAAGAACGGGAGCCCUGAGGAUCUAGUUGUAGUGCAUUGUAUAAUGAUUUCUGGUGCUUUUUCAAUACCUUGCAAAUUAGAGUCACAACUCAUGAGUGGUGAGUCAGCUAUGAAGUCCUUGAUGUUUGUCGUUAGUUUUUUUUUGUUAAUGGUUAAUUUUGCUCGAGAUAAUUUACCAAAUACCUGGUAAUUGGAAUUCUAAUCUAUAUUUUCCAUAUAAGCUUAUCAGCACUUCCUUGGGUAUCUUCAUGUUGUUGUCAGUAUUUACAUGAAUAUCAUAGCUUUGCAUACACAUUGAGCCUGUUGUCUUUACUGGUUACCAAAAUUGUUUUUUUCAUUUCUUGGCAAAACAGAUUCUCAAAACUGGGGAAAAGACUUUUCUCGGAUGAGUUGCAACUUGACUUUUUU